AUGUCUGAUCCUUUAACAUCAAAUGGAGUUAAGGAUGAUAAAGUCGAGCCUCCUGAAGACGUGGGUAGCAAUUUAUUAGUAGAAUUUUCCAAUAGAACACUUGCCUUACUAAAUCCGAACAAAGACGAACGUUCCUCUCCUUAUGAAUCAGAAAAUGAAGAAAGGGAACCGGCAGAAGAAUCACCUAAUUGGCGUGCUUCCAUAAUGUCAAAUCUCUUCCAUAUGAAAGGUGUUUCUACAGGUCAACCUGACUCUCACUCUCAUUCAGAUUUGAAAAAACGCCCGAAACCACCAAGGCGUCAAAGGUCUAAGCCAUUAGAGCUUGCAACUGGACUUUCGGAAGAUCAAUUAUCUGCUCCAUAUGUUGAAGAAGUACUUCCUGAGCGACCUGAUUUCAUAAGGCGUCCACCAUUUACUUCAGAUACAAAUGAAGCUGAAUCGUCCAAUAAAGCAGAAUCAUCCGAAGUUGGAGAAUCUUCAACUAGAAACAAAUUUCAAAAACGUGUUAAGAAGGCACUAGCUUUGUCAAAAGCAAAUCAAGUAUUCAAUACUUCUGAUAGAAAUCAUUUACAAGAUACUGGUAAUUUAGGAGUUCUUAUAUUUCCAAGUCCAAUUACUGUGCCUUAUUUAUGGGCAAGAAGAGAUUACAAAAAACGUAAAGCGCCACCUAUUUUAUUUGAUGCUUUGAAGCUUGCAAUUACCGACUCGUAUAACGAUGCGAAUGUUUAUAAUAUGCAAACUAUAUUUAGAGUAGAAUUAGAAUAUGGUGAUGUAAAAUGGGUUAUAAAAAGAUCAGGAAUUGAUUUUAUCUCACUUUAUAUCAACUUGAAAAAGAGAGCGGAUCUCCCUUUCAUACCAGCGAUACCAAAUGGUCUCUAUAAAUGGUUUCGUUCACUAUUUCAUAGUACACAUAUUCGUCAUGAACUUCAACAAAUCGGAGUUCUUAAAAGGAGGGAACAGUUGGAGAGUUAUUUAAUUCAAAUAAUUAGAACCUUAAAUAUGCAUGUCUCCUAUGAGCUUAAUGAAUUCUUGGAACUUAGUGCAAUUUCUAUAACAAGAGACAUGGGUUGGAAGGGUAAAGAAGGUUACUUUGAAAACAAGGUUGAAAGGUUCAAUACACCUAUUUGUUCUUUCAGAAAUUCUAAUGUAAAAUGGAUAAGUGAAUGGGUGAUCGUUCGUGACUCAUAUAUAGCAUUUUGUUCUCAUAUAAGUUCAACAACUCCAGCUGAUGUUUUUCUACUUGACAGAAAUUUUCAAUGUGAUAAAGUACCUAUCCAAGGAUUUGAUCGUGUUUUAACAUUUCAUGGUCGAAUUAAUAUAGAAAAUAGCUCACGAAGGAUUGAGCUUAAAGCUGAUACGCGGAUGCUGAAUGAGUUCUUGGAGAGUAUUGAAAGAGUCAAGCAAUCAUCUCCUUGGGUUAAGCAACAUCGAUUUGAUUCUUAUGCACCUAUCAGGGAGAAUGCAAAGAUUAAAUGGUACGUGGACGGUAAAGAUUAUUUCUUUGCAGUUUCUGAAGCCAUUCUAGCAGCUAAAUCAGAAAUUUAUAUUGAGGAUUGGUGGCUAUCACCAGAAUUGUACCUUCGUCGUCCUCCAUCUCAAAAUGAACAGUUUCGAUUAGAUAGAUUGCUCAAAAAGAAGGCCGAAGAAGGUGUAAUGAUUUUUAUUGUUGUUUACAAGGAAGUUAAAUAUGCUUUACCUCUGGAUUCAUUUCACACAAAGAAAACUCUCCAAGAACUUCAUAAAAAUAUUAGAGUUCAAAGACAUCCAGAUCAUGGACCUGAGGGUACAAUGUUUUGGGCUAAAAUGGUGGUUGUUGAUUGUCGAAUUGCAUUUAUCGGAGGAUUAGAUCUAUGUUUUGGGCGUUAUGAUACUCAUGCCCAUGAGUUGGUUGAUUGGCAUCCAGACGAUGACAAACAACACUCAAUAUGGCCGGGUCAAGACUAUUCUAAUCCGAGAAUUAAAGAUUUUCAGAAUGUUGUCGAUUUCGAUAAUCCAUUGAUUGAUAAAUCACGAACUCCUCGUAUGCCAUGGCACGACGUUUCAAUCGGUAUGUGUGUUGGACAACCAGCAAGAGAUGUGGCGAGGCAUUUUGUUCAAAGGUGGAAUUUUAUUAAAGAGGAAAAAGCUUUUGACAAAGAAAAAUUCUCGUUUUUAACUCCAAAAGGAGAAUAUGUUAGUACACGUGAUGAGAGUAAAUUCAAAGGAACUUGUGACGUGCAAUUAUUGAGGAGCAGUGCAUUUUGGAGCAGUGGAAUUAAACUUGAAAGUUCCAUAUAUAAUGCAUAUUGUUAUUUAAUUAGAACUUCUAAACAUUUUAUUUAUAUUGAAAAUCAAUUUUUCAUUACAACCACAGAGAAUGAUUCAAAAUACGUUGUCAAAAAUAGGAUAGGCGAAUGUAUUGUUGAACGUAUUAAAAAAGCGCACAAAAAUAAUGAAAAGUUCCGAAUCAUUGUAGUUAUGCCCUUAUUGCCAUCAUUCGAAUCUGAUUUGAACUCAAGCGAUGCUGGGACAAUUCGUAUGGUUAUGCACUGGCAAUAUGUGUCAAUAUGCCGUGGUGGAAGAUCAAUCUUAGAAAAAUUAACUGAAGCUGGAAUUACUCCGGAGAAGUAUAUUACUUUUUACGCAUUGCGCGGACAUGAUAAAAUACAUUAUACUGAUAACGUGAAUGAAAAUAAAUCAAUAAAAUCGAAGAGAUCAAUAAUAUCCAAUAAAGGAAAAGGAAAGUUGGCAGAUAAUGAUGAUAAUUCCGGUGUAUCACUGCAAAGAAAAUCGAGCAAUUUAUCACAAAAUUCGCAUGACGUGAGAUCAGAUAAAACUUCGUCAGAAUUGAAACCACCAGAAGACUUGAGAAAUGCACCCAAUGCAACUAGUGGUGGAAGCAAAGAUUCGCAAAUACGACAUCCUUUAGAAAGCUCAUUUAAUGAUGAGAAUGCAGAACCUUUGACAGAUGAUAGAAUUGGAGGAGAACCAGCUAUCCCUUCUGGCAUAGCUCAAAUGGAUCCUAGAAAAGCUUAUAUUACUGAAGAAAUUUACAUACAUAGUAAAUUAAUGAUCGUAGAUGAUCGAUACGUUCUUUGUGGUUCAGCUAACAUAAAUGAUAGGUCGCAACUUGGAAUGCGUGAUUCAGAAAUUGCGAUUGUUGUCGAGGAUCAUAAGAAAGUGGAGACGCGUAUGAAUGGAAAACCGUAUCAAGCAUCCAAGUUUGCAUAUACAUUGCGUAGUAAUAUAUUUAAAGAACACCUUGGGUUACUAGAAACACAGGAUCACUCAUCAAUCACCAAAAGUUGUUUACCACCAUUGAGACCUGAAAAUUUAUAUGAAGCGCACGACAAAGACGAGUCGAUUACAUCAAUAAUAGAUAAUCCUGCAUCAUAUUUUCCUCCCAAGCAUCCUAAACAUCCCACAAAAACAGAUCUUGUAGUUAUGGAUCCACUUUCUGAUGAAUUUUAUGAUUAUUGGCGAACUACUGCACAUAACAAUACUGAAACUUACCGUUCUGUGUUUAGAUGUGUGCCUGACGACAACGUCGUUGAUUGGGAACAAUAUGAAAAAUUUGUUCCUGACCCUGCUAGAGUGCAACCAUGUCAUGUAGCAAAUUCCGAAGCAACCGAAGAGGAUGUACGAAAAAAAUUAGGGAAUGUUCGUGGACAUUUGGUAACAUUCCCCACCAAAUUUUUAAAUCAAGAAAACUUAUUAGGGAGUGUAAUUUCAAAUGCUGUUACCCCCGCUGAAAUAUUUACAUAA